GCAUUUUUAUAUCCUUUCCCCUAGCCUACUCGAAAACAGAAAUAACGCAAUGAAUGGUCUCGAAAAGAAUCUGUUUCAGCUAAAGUUUACAGCCAAGCAAUUGAACAAGCAAUCGAAGCGAUGUCAAAAAGACGAAGGGGUCGAAAAGGCAAAGUUGAAAAAGGCUAUACAAGACGGUAACAUGGAAGGUGCGCGCAUCUAUGCAUCGAAUGCGAUCCGAAAAAAGAAUGAAUCGUUGAACUUGCUUCGACUAUCGUCUCGAAUCGACGCCGUUGCCAGUCGAGUGCAAACGGCAGUGACUAUGCGCAAGGUCACCACGUCCAUGGCAAGCGUAGUAAAAGGCAUGGAUCGAGCAAUGGAAUCGAUGAAUCUUGAAAAGAUAUCGAUGGUGAUGGAUAAGUUCGAGUCGCAGUUUGAGGACCUGGAUGUCCAGACAGAAUAUAUGGAAGGGGCAAUGGCAGGCACGACAACGAUGACGACACCGCAGAACGAAGUGGAGACGUUGAUGCAGCAAGUGGCAGACGAGCAUGGAUUAGAGCUGAACCAAGAGCUGGGCCAGCUCGAGCCAAGCAAAACACUUGGCGAAACAAAACAAAAGGAACGCGACGAGGACGCCCUAUUGACAGAACGCUUGAAGGCUCUUCGACAAUAAGUGCCACUUUCUUCCUUGAUUCUCCAUCACGCACACAUCCACUCAUACAUGUCCAACACACUCCCAUAUAUACACACACGCACAAACCCCAUCUUAUAUAUUAAUAAAACGCGAUAUGUAUAUCCCUUCUUUAUGCACAGCUGAUCUUUAAACCGAAUUAGUAGCAGGAUAAGACCACGCUUAAUGGAUGGAUGAGUGGGAUGGGGCGAAAGGA